AUGAAUUUAAAUAUAAAACAAAUCUUCACAAUAAUUUGUUCCGUUUUUUCAAUUUUAUCAGUAGUAUUAUCAAUAUCUGCUUUAAGAAAACCUUUUCAAACUAUAAAUUAUAAUGGAACUAUUUUUAAACCAGUAAUUUAUUCAGAUUCAAUUAUUUAUACAAAUGAUGUUUCAACAAGUGGUUAUUUCCAACAUUUUAAUUCAGAUCAAUCAGUUGUAUAUAUUCAUGUUACAUCAAUUAUUUCAGAAAUUGUUUUAUGUAUUUAUAUUACUAUAGUGUUUUAUUAUUUCACAAAACCAAUGAGGGAAAAAUAUGAAACUAUAGAUUAUGUAACAUUGGUUCCUCCAUUUGGUGCAUUUGCAUUAUUAAUAGCCGCAUCUGCAGUAAGCAGAGAUUUAAAUGUAGAUAUUUGUGAAGAUAUUGGUCAAUGUGUAAACUUUAAAUUAAAAUCAAACCAUCAAACAAUAAUAGGUGAUACUGGUUUAACAUACAAUAGCUAUUCUAAAAGCUCAAUUGGUUAUAACUUAAUUAUUACCUCCACUGUUAUGGCUGGUUUAGGUUUUGCUUGUAAUUUAGCUAGAUUUUAUUUAUUAAAAAAUAGAAUAUAA